UCGUGAGGUGUUUAUAUUAAAAUCGUUGCAGAUGAAACUGAAGUUGUUUAAUCGCGGGGCGCGCGGGAUCAGUUACGGUUUGGUGAACUACUCGAAAUACUGGAAGAUGUCGUUUACGGAGUCUCCGGCAAAAGCGGCGUUGUGCUGCGAGGAGACGGCGGACGGGGCUCCGCCGUCGUACGCGAUGUACGAGGCGCUGAAGGACUCGUGUCAGAACAACGCGACGUUCUUCCAGCCGGACGACAGUGAGAACGGCCAGCGGUUGUACCAGGGGUUCAUGACGCUCAUAGAUCACAUAGAUACUGUUUGGCCUCUCGUGGAUCAUGUGCGCAAGGUAGCGCCGCAGUAUGAUUUCGACGCGGCGUCCCCCGGCAACGGUUACCGAAGUUUCGUCUCCGUGGUGGACUCGUGCGUAUUGCACGGCUUGAAGCUGAGUCGGCAAGUUUGCACGGGCAGGGACGCCUUGCUGUUCCGAAAAGGGUAUUUCGUUAGGGAAAUAGAAUCGUGCGGACAACUCCUCGCUUCGCUCGGCACGUGCCUGCACCACGUGCACACGCUGCUGUCGUGGGCGCCGCCCGGGGACCUCUUCCCGUCGGAGGCUCGCUCGCCCGAGGAGCUGUUCUCGCAGGCCGAUACCAUCAACCAGUACUGCUUCUACGGACGGUGUCUGGGGUUCCAGUUCCUGCCAUCAAUGCGCGGCAUCCUGAAAGGCAUAUCGAUCUGCAUGGCGGGCUUCUCGGAGGCAUACUACAGCCACGGCAACCUGAUCAGCUCGGUGUGGACGGGCGGGCAGUACCUGAUCGACCCGGAGAUGCGCGCGCGCCGGAUUGUCAACAUAUCGCAGUCGGCCAGCGUCGAGUUCUGCAAGGCCUUCUGGUUCCUGGCUGAAAGCGAAAUAAUGAAACGCGUGCCCAGCCUAAUGUCCUCAACGGUCGCCGUCAACAAAGUGAUCACCAUACCGCCUGAACCGGUGACGGUGACCACGACAGAAGGGAAAGAGCUGACCGUCCUACCGCCCACCGUGCAUCUAGGUCUGCAGAGCCUUAACGUUAGGCUUAUUAGUGUUAAUAAGAGAAUUGGCAUGAACGGCGAAGCGAGCUCCUCGCUCCCGGCAGCAGAAGGCGUGGUGUUCCACUGUCACGGCGGCGGCUUCGUGGCCCAGAGCUCCAAGUCCCACGAGAUGUACCUGCGCGAGUGGGCCGCCAAGCUCAACGUGCCCAUACUCUCCGUGGACUAUAGUCUGGCUCCUCAGGCGCCGUUCCCGAGGGCCUUGGAGGAGGUUUACUACGCUUACUGUUGGAUGCUGAAUAAUUUUAGCACUAUUGGCACUACCGGUAAAAGAAUAGUCUUCGCCGGCGACUCAGCAGGAGCGAAUCUCCUAGCCAGCUGCACACUGAAGAUCCUAUCCAGUGGUCUGAGAAGUCCAGAAGGAUUGUUCCUGGCAUACGCUCCGUUGUUAGUGAGCUUCACUCCGAGUCCCGCCCGUCUGUUGUGUCUUAUGGAUCCUUUACUGCCGUUUGGAUUUAUGAUGAGGUGCCUUAAAGCGUACGCGUGUCCAAACCCAAGUGGCAAUACGAGUGGCGGGGGUUGCUGCCACAAAAACUGCAACUGUGCCAAACCUGGUCACACAACCUCUAACGCCACGACUCCUCUAGACAGCAACGGCUUUCUUAAAGUCAGCCCUUCACAAGAAGGCAUAAGCGAGGGUCCAUCAUCGUUCGAGGAGGUAUCUCCAUCGGACCUGGCGGAGCUUCAAGCGCACAAGUCCGGCAGCGAGCGGCGCCAGUCUUCCGACACCACCAUUAGCGCCGCCUCGUUACAAAGCGAACACACCGCCACUGGUUUCUCGCCGCCCGAAGACAAGUCGCAACAAGUAGUGUCGGACUUCUUAGAGCGCUACGUGUUGGAUAGCGACACGGACUCCGAGGGGCGCCGCAUACCCGUCAUCAAGCCCAACACUGGCCAGGAGGAGAACAGUCACAGAGAAGUCGAGUCGGAGAACUCCAGCACACUGGUUGGUGAACUGCCACUGGAAGACCAAGACCGGGAGAAUAAGAAAAGGAUAAAGACGCGUAUCAGCGAAGCUGCAACGGGUAUAAUGGGUGCCAUGUCGUCUCGGCUAGCGUAUAUCACAGGCUCUAACAAUAUCUCCAGGACAACACAGGAGGAGAUAGCAGUGCGUUCGAACCUGGACGCCCUAAUCGCCCGCAGUCCGUCCGACGAGUUCAUAUUCUCCGUGCCGCGCGACCCGCUGCUCUCUCCGUACUGGGCAGACGACAAGCUGCUCAGCAGGUUCCCGCCCUGCAGGAUAUUGACGGUGCACUUGGACCCGUGUCUGGACGACUGCGUGAUGUUCGCCAAGAAGCUGAAGCGGCUCGGCAACGUGGUCGGCAUCGACGUACUAGAGGGACUGCCGCAUGGCUUCCUUAACUUUGCUUUAAUGGCGAAAGAAGCAAACGAGGGCUCCAAGCUCUGCGUGGAGCGGAUAAAGCAACUGCUAGACCUGGAGAGCGCGCCGCCCGACCGCCGCUGAUGACACUGCUGCGGCACGUGCCUUGACACGGUGUAGUGCCCGCCUAACACAUUUACUACACGCCAUAGUCUAAUAAAACAUGGUCUUCUCUUCCCAGAGUGACACAAGCCUACGUCACAAUAACAUGGCUGCCUAUCGCAUAUUAUCAUAUAGCGCUGUCGCAUGAUGACGUAGGCUUGUGUCAGUUAGGUGACCUAGAAAAGACGGGAACAGAGUACCAGGCGAAGUAUAUUAUUAUACCAUGCUACACAUGGUCUGUGAAGGAUUAGUCUUUGGCGUUCUGCGGUGCCGAUAGCCGUCAUUGGCGUCCAAAAGGUUAAGACGAGAUAACCCGACCAGCUGGGGUAUAUACUAAUUUAAUUAAAAGACGCGAGCGCUCAUUUCAGCUGCGUCCACUUUUACAACCUGUCAACAAGCAAGUAAGCUGUCAAGCAAGUGUCAAUCGCAUCGACGUCGCCGGUACUUGUAGUCUAUAUACGUAAAAUCUUCGAGCAACACGGGGAAGGGAGUCGGCAUUCGCACUAGACGAGUGAGUUAUUUAAAUGAACUGUAUCAUUUGACUGAACUCACUCACUCGUCACCUCACUGCAGGUUCAACUCGCUCAUUUCGCUCAGUAACUCAUCUCAGUGUUCCUUGCUCGCUCUUUCCCACUCAUGAUUCGAAUGAGCUGGCCGGGGCAUUCCACGAGACUGUCGCUUACAUAACGCAAUUCUUCUAAUACUUCUGGAAAUGCUGAGUAAGCGAUAUUGGGUCAUACCUGACCCAAUAUUUCUCAUGACUUGACUAACAAAUUGGCAGUAUAUUCUCGAGAUUCACCUAUUUUAUUGAGGUAGCUGCCAUACAAGGCAAAAGCGUUAUGUAAGCGACAGUCUCGUGGAAUGCCCCUGGCCGAGCUUGACGAGCGAGUGAGAGAUGCCAAUAGGUUUCGGAGCGGUUCGGAAGAAUUCGGAGGGUGUCGGGAAAACAUGGCGGGGUCGCAAUAUUUCCCCUCUGCCGAAGCAUAAGCCCAACUGGGCAUGCACACAACUAGCGCGGUGCGUGUUGUGACUCAUCCGUACCUAUACACAAAAAGAGAAAGAUUUGUUUUUGACGUGUGUCAUUUUCUAUGUAUUUUUGUCGUCAUUAUGGAUUGGAUUCUAUAUGUAGUGAGUGAGAAGUGCGGCUGUGUGCGCGUUUCCCCCCGCAAAAAAAUGGCAGAACGAUUUGUACGGUAAGAUAUCGCUUGAGGUCCUCCCUUCCGACGUGUCGGAAGUCGGUGGUGCUCGAAGGGUAAAAUUCGGAAAUUAUACUCGGAAUACUCGGAAUUAUUAUUCGUGAUCAAUUUAUAAAUUGAAUGGUCGUGUUUCGAACAAAUUUAGUACGUAUUAUGUAUGUACCUACACUUGUUUUAUUGGUAUCGUCUUGGUUCGUCCCAUUCGUUUUUCGUCAAGUUCUUAAAUUAGUCUAUUCUGCUUUCGUCACUCAUUCUACAUUGAAAGCCACCGACGAUUGUGACAAAUAUAGAAUGAGUGACGAAAGCAGAAUAGGACUAAUUUAAGAACAUGACGAAAAACGAAUGGGCCGACCCAAGACGAUACCGUUUUAUUAAUGCGUAAAAAAACAAUUCGUUGCUUAUCAUGAAUAGUGGCACAACUCAAAAUGAAAUGCUAUUGCAUUUAAUAUUCUAUCUUAUACUAGCAAGAUUUAAAAUCGAACGGCAUUUCAUUUUGUUUUAUAUCACUAUUCAUGAUAAGCGUCGAAUUAUGUAUAGUCGAAACAGGCCGCGUAGCAAAGAUGCCAAUCGCUUACGCUCCGUAGCGAUCGAAACGCAACUGUCACUGUCGCGCUAAUACGGAAGAGGAGACAUAAUGGUUUUCGUUGUCGAAGCGAUAGCGAUUGUAACCUUGGCUAGGCCGGCUGUACCUUCUUAGGGUGGUAUCUCAUUUCCGUCUCACUCUCUCAUCAAGCAAAAAUGUGAAACGCAAUACACAUUGGACAAAGAAAUUGGACAGGUUGGAAUACCACCAUUAUUGUCUUUACGAUAAGGUUUACGAUUGGUCAACUUAUUGCGUUGAAAUGGUACUUUGAUCAACAUGUAAAUUAAAUCGUGCCUGUUGUAUGUAUUCCUAUGAAUUAUAUAAUUUGCUCAUCAAAUUCAUGCCAAAUGAGUCAUUUGAAAUGACCCUUACUUUAACCACCAUAGAAAGUUAUUCAACUUUUAAUUUGAACCUUGUUCUUUAAGUAAGACGUUUGUUUAAAAAAAAAUUCUAUGAAAGAAAAGAAAUGCUACUUUUUAUUUUGUCCAGGAAAGGUUCAAUUAGAUUGCACGAAUACGUACAUUGUAAUGUACAUUUACACUCGGGAGGUUAAGGGUCUCCCCUAAUAUAUCGACGCGCAUUCGGCAAAAGCCGAUAGGAAAA